GCAAGCAAAAGAAGAAGAAGAAAGUCGAGGUGGGUAUAAGCUAAAACAAGCAGUAUGGAUAAUAUCCAUAUCCAUAUCCACACCCUCCUCCUUAUUUCCUUUCCAAAAUCAAAUAUCAAAUAGAAAAUAUCAAAAAUCAAAUAGCAAAUAGCAAAUAGCAAAUAUUCAAUUCAUACUCACUCACUCAUUAUUACAAUACACAAGAUAUAAUUACCGAUCUAUUAUUGAUUGAUUGAUUGAUUCUUCUUCCAAAUCCCCCCCCCCAACUCGUACAUCUCUUUUUGCAAAUGAAUUCAUCCACACCAGCGACAUCGAAAAAUGCCAUGCCGAGGUAUUCAUCAAGCGAAGAGGAUGAUUCGCAGCCUCCCAGCCUUAUAUUUUCCGCUACGCCAUCACUCCAUGAAGAGAUUUUGCCGAGUUCUCAUAUCGGAGUUCGUGAUUCGGGAGGAUAUGAUAGGGAUGAUGAUUCGGAAGGGUAUGGUGGAGAUGACGAGGGCACAAGGGGAAUUAGAGCGUAUGUGAAGAGAAAAUAUGUACCUGGAGCGCAGAUGAAAAAAAAGGUACAGAAGGAUUUGGAAAGAAGAAAGGAAUUGGGAGAAAUGGGAGAACGCAGGUCGAAUUCGAUUGAUUCUAUGGGAAAGAAUGGAUUAGCAAAGAGUCGAGAACCUCUAAAUCGGGCGAGUGGUGAUCUCGUGGAACAAUAUCUGGUGAAUCAUGAUGGAGUGGCAGUGAAAGCAAACAAACAACGGAGGGAUGACCAGACACCCUUAAAGCAAAUGAAGAAGGGGCACCAAAACCAUUCUUCAAUACCAGAUAUGAGAAUAUCAGAAGGAAGGAAUGGCCCCGAGACCGCUCAAAUUGCCAUGGAAAUGGGCGAAUCUGAUAUGGCCUCGGCAUCGGCAUCUCCAAGGCAAUUAUUUAAAUACAAACCGACAUCCACACCAAUAACAGUCCCACCACCGGCACAUUUUCAAUGGCGAGUUCCUAGAUCAAUUCUAACCCAUGAUUAUGUGGAACCGGCAAGGGCACGCCUUGGAUGGGACAAAGCCAAGUCACACACUGAUAGAAUAAGUCCGGGGCAAACAUCACGGGUUGAUGCUUCGCCGUUUGGUCACAAGUUGGAGUCAAACUCAACUCCGCGUAUCAUGACUGAAGGACUUGGAGCGAUAAAGGCAUUGUACGAUAGACUGGAAGAUUCAUCUUCAAAACGGAGGAAGACAGAAAGGGAAUACAAGAUUGGUGGAUGGUAUGGAAGAUGAUAUGGAGAAGAAUUGAUAGAGGGAGAUGAAAAUACUUUGGGGAGUAUAAAGCAAGCGGAAUGAAUACAUUUGUGAUAUAGUUAAUGCCAGCGAAACAUUGAUAGAAUUUUAGCCCUGUGAGAAUGUACUUAAUUCUUGCAGAGUUCAACGUGAGCCCUUGAAAUGAGUAUGCAAUUCUAACUGGGUGUUUGUGUCGCUUUCAAAUAUUGAAGUACCUGGUUGUUGGAUUGUAGUUCAGAAUAUUAGGGUCCAUGAUCGAUACACCGUCCGAGGCUCCUUGGUGUUUGGAUUGGCACAACAUCAUCUCCGAUAGUCGCAUACUCCUCAUCUAGUCAAGGGAUUGGAGAAGUGUAAGACGGUGAAGUGAAGGACGGCUACAAAGCUCGACUACUGACUUGCAGUGGUAAUCUAAGUACAGCACACCACUAAGUAUGCUCUAAGAUCCGAAGAUUCCGGAUUGAACAGUAGGAUUUAUUAUAUUAACAGUCCUCAUGAUCA